AUGAUGUCUACCAAAACAAUGUUUGAAAGAGACUUCGCUCAGAUCCAGGAACACUGGGACUUCCUUCUUCAAGAUGAGAAGGUGAGUCCUCUCAUGAGCGAUACACUCAGAAGCGAUCCUGAGGUCUCGAAAAUGCGGAAAUAUUUAAUAGAGUUUGUUCUUCAAAUAGGAGACAGGCUCAGUCAACGUACUUUGACAAUGCAGAUAGCCGUUAACUAUCUUGACAGGCUCUUCGAAAUAGGACAUUUAGAGCUAAUUAAAUAAGGACAAGCAUCUAUGGGCUGUUACUGCACUCUUAUUGGCUUCUAAAUAUGACGAGCUUGAUCAAAAUAUUCCUUAUAUUCAAGAAUUUGGGAAGGUCUCUUCCAGAGCAAAGUACACUUAUGAAGAAGUGACGAAAUGCGAAGCUAAGUUUUUAGAUUUAUUGAAAUGGGAUCUUAUUUCUAUCUGCCCAAGCUAUUUUCUCAGUGUUUUGCUCUAUCUUUGAGACCCUGCCAAUGCAAAGCCUGUUGAAAAGGCCAAGAAAAUGGGUCUCACCAUGAGCAAAGAUAAACUAAAGCAGAUGAAUAAAUUCUCUGAGUUUUUCAUGGACAUAGCUUACCAAUCACUUGAGCUCCAAAAGUACAAGUUCUCUAUCCAAGCCAUCGCCUCGUUGAUCGCAGCUAGGAAGAUUCUGGGAAUCAAACCAAUGUGGGACAAAAGUCUUGAAUCCUUUACGAAAUAUCAGUAUAAAGACUGUAGAGACUGUUUUGAGAAGUUGUUUUCAAAAUAUGAGAAACAUUUCUCAAAAUCUCGCACAAAAGCUACUAAGAAAGACAAAGAGAAUAUCAACUUUUUGGAAACCAAAUCUAAAACAAAGAAGAGAAUCAUCAAUAGAGGUAGUAAGAGGACUAAUGAUAGAGGGAAGAUAAAUAAACUUCAUUCUUUGUCUCGGAUUGUUACUUCGAAGACUAAAGGACAGAACAUGUGCAAAAACUCCUCUCAACCGAUGAUUAAUAAUUUCUGUCAGAGGAAAGCUAGUUAUUGCAAUUAUAUAAAAGGAUCAAGGAUCCAGGUUACUCUAAACAAUGAUCGGAGCAAGAAGAACGGACGUUGCUCAGGAGCAAGUAGUGUCUGAAGCACUACCAAUUUCUCAAAAUAAGAGAUCCUCAGCUGAUUGUAAUAUCAGACUCAAAAAUAAAAUGAUGCAAAGCACUGUCACAACUCCUUCUAAUGUGAUGGUAAGCAAGAUCUCGAGGAAUUUGGGUACAAGGAAAUUGGUUGGCAAUUCUACCUCCCGUAAUUUGCCUUCAAAUCAAUGUAAAGUGAACAGACUUAAAGUUGACUCUAACAAAGGGAUGUAUCGAGGAGCUGAGAGUCAAUAUCACACUACUAAAGUUAAAUCUUCAAGAAACAGAUCUGUCUCAACAAAGCUCAAGCAGUUCAGCAGUAGUGUCCAUUCGAAUUUGAGGCUAAGAGAUCUCCCUAAGAAAAGAUUUGUUCCUAAAAUAAAAGCAAAUCCCCAGAGGAAGGUCUUACAUAAGAAAGAUCUGAACUUGAUCCACGUUACUUUGGAUUCAUCUGACUUAAACGAAUGUAAUUUUACGAUGACAGAUGAGUCAGAGAACUCUACUUAUCUGUUAUCUAAUCGUCCAAGGAAGGUUAAAUGUAUCAGUAAUAUAAAACUGCUGGACUCCUCCAGGCUAAACCAGACAGCAAAAUACUCGUUCCAAAAUCGAACAAAAUGUAACUAG